CGUAAAUAUUCUUGAACCUUCUCUCCUAGUGACAUGAGCAGAGUCGCAGGGUCAUAGAGUAUGCGGAAAGGUGGCUGUUUUGCAGGUUCACACACAUUCUCCUGGUUGCUCCUUUGCUGCUGUCCUGUCAGCUCUUGAGGUCCCGCAGUCCUUCUUUUCUUCCUCUGUCUUCUGUCGAGGGGAUCUGUUAGUGGUUAUUUUAAAAAUGUGUUGCAGUUUCUCCCUUAACCUGGCUAGCACUCAGAUAAUUGAGACUGGACUAUUAUGUUUAUUUGACAGGUGUUAUGGCACAAGAACUGAGUAGUAUUAAUCUGUUUUAACCCUCUAAACUAACCUGGCUUCCUCCCAGGGUAAAUCCCUGAGAUACUUGCAUUUUUUUCGCCUUCUCUGCCCCAGAUGCUCUCUCUUGAUGUUUCCUGGACCUUUCCUCAUGGCUGGCUGAAUCCUCCACUACCUUUCUUUCUCUCCUCUUCUGGCUGGCAGGAAGUCCAGCUAUAUUCUCUUUCCUACUCAGUCAUUGGCUGCUGGGGGAGAAGUGUUUACACAAUAUUGAGAUGGGAUUCUUGGAACAAGGAUUGCAGCCAGAAGGGGGCACAGAAACCAGCAUUUGAGUCUUUACACAGCCCUCAGUAAUGUGCCUACUGGGGGUCUUGUUCUUCUUUCAGGUCAGAGUUGUGUUUGGCGUGCUCUGUCUGUGUAUUCAAAUACUCACUUAGCACUCACUGCUUGGAUUGUCUUAAAGUCACAUUAGACCCGGUAUGUCCAGUUCACACUUGUGAUUUCUACCAUCCCCUCUCUUCACUCAGUCUGCUUUGUUAGGGUGUCUUUUCACCUCCUUCCUUCUUUUUCUUUCACUCUUUUUGAUACAGGGUCUGGUGUAGCCUUGGGCUGGUGUCUGUGUAGCUGAGACUAUGUACUCCUGAUACCCCUGCCCAUGUGGGCUCACACACACGCACCUUCACACUCACCUUGGUCUUACACAUCUCGGUAGAUGUUUCUGCCAUUUAGGCGAGAAAUUUGUAGUUACUUCUGGUUCCUUCCUCAUUUUCAAUUCAUCACCAAAUUGUGUUCAGUUUAUCGCCUAAAUCGUCUUUCAGCCCCCACCAAUCUUGCCUAAAGACCUCACCUUUAGUCUCUUGCCUAGAAUGCCACAUUGGCCUCUGUCUGGUUUCUUUGACCCCACCUUUGGUCAUCUCCCAUUUAUUCUUUUGGCUGUAGUUUUAAGGGUAAACACAAAAGCAUGCCCCUGUUCAGCACUCCCUCCAGAGGCUGCCAGAAUAAAGACAGGGUCUGUGUGGCUUGGUGUCUGCCCACGCUAGCAGCCUGACUCAGGCUGCGGCCUGCUCUGCUUCUGUCCCUGCUUCUAGCUUCUCAUAUGUUCUGCUCCUUCAGGCCUUCCUUACCCCUUUGUUCUUGUCCUUCCCUUUCCUCUCCUCUGUUUAAAUUUAGCUACUACUCAUUCUUAGCUCACAUCUUUAUUUUAUUAGCUUUUCCAAUAAAGUUUUAGUUAUUAAGUAUUUUUCUUUUGAGAUUGUAAGUCUAAUUAUAUCAUUUCCCCUUUCCCUUUCCUCCCUCCAAACUCUCUUAACUACCCCCUCCACUGCUCUCUUUCAAAUUUAAGUCUUCAUUUUUAUUUUAUCUGUAUGGCUGUUUUGAUUGUAGGUCUGUGUACUGUGUGUGACAGGUAUCCACAGAAGCCAGAAGAGGGCAUCCGACCCCUUGGAACUGCAGUUGCGGAUAGUUGUGAGCUGCCUUGUGGGUGCUGGGAAUUAAACUUGGGUCUUCUGGAGAACAGCUAUGCUCUUAACCACUGAGCCAUCUCUCCAGCCCUGUUUGUUUAUUUUUGAGAUAGACUCUCUGGCUCAGGCUGGCUUGAACUCAAGGUAUAGCUGAGGAUGACAUGAACCUUCAAUCCUCCUGCUUCUGCUGCCCGUGGUGGAAUGGCAUAAAUGGCUUGCUGUGCCAGGCUCAUGCCAUGCUGGGGAUAGAACCCAGGGCUUGAUCCAUGUUGGGCAUUCUUCCAACCCAGCUACACCCCUAGCCCCAUAGGGCUGAGUUUAAACAUUCCUAACACAGAGAAACCUGUCCCAGCUGUCCAGAUCAGGCCUGGGGUUCUCAUCGUAUAUGCUCGGGACCGUCACCACAUGUAUUAAUCAUCUUGAUGAAUAUUUAUUAAUUUGUCUCCAUUAGUAGAUUCAAAGUCCCUUACUAGGCCUUAAUGAAUGUUAGUUGAGUAAGUUAGUGUUGAAUGUGGACAAAGUCCCUGUUACCUACUGAGUGUCAGGCCUGUGGUAAAUGUAGCUGCCAUGAUUAGGACCCUGUGUCUCCCUUAUUCUUACAGGGUCCCGCCUCAAGCGCCGCCGGCCCUCUGGUCUCCUUUCUGACCGCCUCUGAGGCUUUCCUGAGGAAGUUUCUUCCUUCAUGGAUGGGAACGGUGGCAGCGGUUUUCCCUCACUGCUGGCGCUGAGACCUUACAUAUGUUCUUACCUAACCGUCCAGUUCCCUGCUGAUAAUUCUCUCCGGCAUAUGGUUGAGGAAACUGAGGCACAGAGAGGCUAGAAACUUGCUUAGGGAUCUGGAGGGAUGGCUCCGAACACGUGGUACUCAUCUCGGCAGCCUCUUCGGCGAUUCGCGGUCGCCAGUAACCUCAGCUCUAGGGAGUAUUGUUUUGUGCCAGAAUAAUAUCCGAAACCAGGCUCACAUGAGCAGGGUGGUCACCCAUGAGCUCAUCCACGCAUUUGAUCACUGCCGGGCGCAUGUCCACUGGUUCACCAACGUCAGACACUUGGCAUGCUCAGAGAUCCGAGCGGCAAGCCUCAGUGGAGACUGUUCACUUAUGAAUGAAAUCCUCAGGUUUCGAUUUGGAUUGAAACAGCACCAUCAGACUUGCGUGCGGGACAGAGCCGUUCUUUCCAUCUUGGCUGUUCGGAACAUCAGCAGAGAAGAGGCCCAGAAAGCUGUGGAUGAGGUCUUCCAGUCUUGUUUCAAUGACCGUGAGCCUUUCGGCCGGAUCCCACAUAACAAGACGUACGCCAGAUAUGCUCACAGGGACUUUCAGGACCGUGACCGCUAUUACGCAAACAUAUGAAGAUGGGCCGAGGUGUUCCUGAGCGUUAGGACCAUGGGGAAGAUGCUCAGGAUGUGUGAAGUGUAAAUAAUCAGUUAGGCUCUGCGGAUAACAGGCAGAAGGUGCUCAUGUUAGUGUUUGAUUACAAAAAACAAAGAGGCAGAAAGGAACUCCUUAAACUGCAAGGCAGUUUAUAGCUAAUCAUUUAGUGAGUAAAUAAGGUAAAUAAAUGACAUUUUUGUAUUA